AUGGUUAGGAUCGCAAAGUUUUCCGUCGAAGCUUGGAUGGACAAGUACGAGCGCAACUGCAAGUACAACAUAGCUGAAACAUGCUGCGCUUCUGUUUCCAUUGACCAGUUGCGCGAGCUUUCUGAGGUCAAAGGUCGCGAGAUUUUCCAGACCUCCACAGCUCUUACGUACGGUGCAAUACGAGGCUCUGAUGUUUUACGUGACAAUCUCUCCCGACUGUACUCUGCCCGCUCUGGAAAAGCCUUACCGCGUGAUAACAUCAUCACCACAAAUGGAGCGAUCCAAGCAAAUUAUUUGGUCGCAUACACCUUGCUCGGCCCCGGAGACCAUGUGAUAUGUCACUACCCUACAUAUCAAUCACUCUAUGAGAUACCCAAGCAACUCGGCGCUGAAGUCUCACUCUGGAAAGCCACCCCUGAAAAUAACUGGAACCCCUCAAUCGGCGAGCUCAAGACUCUCAUCAAGCCUAACACCAAGAUGAUUAUCAUCAACAACCCGCACAAUCCCACCGGCGCUGUCUUAGGCAAAACCUUCCUCCAACAAGUCAUUGAAGUUGCGUCAGAACGAAACAUCAUUAUCCACAGCGACGAGGUCUACCGACCCAUUUUCCACGGCAUCACACCCAUGAACGCAGAGUUUCCUCCUUCUAUCGUAUCCAUGGGAUACGACCGUGUCAUCGCAACGGGAUCCAUGUCAAAGGCGUACUCGCUUGCAGGCAUUCGCGUGGGCUGGAUUGCAUCCCGGGACUCCAACAUCAUUGAAGAGAUUGCUGAGGCGAGACAUUACACGUUGAUCUCUGUCAGCAUGUUGGACGAGCAGGUCGCUGCUUUCGCGCUGGACCCUUCGACAAUUCACAGCCUGCUAGCGCGCAACAUUGCUUUGGCUAAGAUGAACAUUGACAUCCUGGAAAAAUUCGUAUUGAAGAACGACGAUGCGUGUGACUGGGUGAAACCUGUUGCGGGCACCACGGCGUUCGUCCGAUUCCACCGCGAUGGAAAGCCCGUCGACUCAGUCGACUUCUGUGAGAAGCUACUGGAGAAAACCGGCGUGAUGUUUGUGCCUGGAAGCGAGUGUUUUGGUGAAGAGUACAAAGGCUAUGUGCGUAUUGGCUAUGUCAACCACACCGAGGGCGUGAAGGAGGGUCUGGACAAGGCAACACAGUUUGUCAGGAGGAACUUGGACGAUGUGAAGUUAGCGGAGUAA